UCCUCUCCAAGUGCCUAGCUAGCGUACCGUUCUUCCCCAAACCCUGCGAAUUGCGAUCCCCAACUCGAACCCAACCCGCUCAGCGCACCCACCCACAGCCAGAGCCGAGACCAGCCGGGACCUUCCAGGAGCUUCCGGAAGCCGCGUCGUCGAUGGCGGCCGAGGGUGGCGGCGUCGGAGGGCAGGAGGCGUUCGAGGCGCGGGUGAAGCGCCUCUUCGGGUCGCGCCUCUUCGACGCCGUCCCGGACUCCUCCUUCCCGGCGGCGUCCUGGUCCGUGGCCUCGGGCGACGUCGAGCGCCACCGCUGGGCGAAGCCAUCGGAGGCCCGCGACGCCGAGGAGGAGGCCGCGGGGGAGGCCGGCCGCGGGGACACGCCCUGCGCCUCCGCGUUCUACGACGCCAACGGCUGCCUCCGCGGGCGGAGGCGCAGGUCCAGGCAGGAGGAGUUCGAGGGGGGCCUCGACGACCUGGAUGAGGACGAGGAGGAGGACGGGGAAAGGGGGAGGAAGACGGCGGAGGAGGACGAGGAGGAGGGGGUUAGGGUUAACAUCGGUCUCGACCCUACUCUGGAUCGAGAGGAAGAGGAGGACAAGUAUGACAGAGAGGCCUUUGGUAGAGAGGAUGCUGCAGACCGUGUGUACAUGCACGAUAUAAUGGAUGAUGGCAUAAACAUGAGCAUCAACAGUAUAGUCCCUGACCUCCUUGAUGAUUCCAUUGAAGACGUGUACCGUUUCUCGAAGGAUCCUCGGGCAGACAUCAGGGCAGCAUCUGAAAGACUAAGAGAAGAUGAUGGUUUGGCUAAAGAUGGUGACUCUCACUAUGCCGCUCAAGCCAAGGAGCUCCCUACUGUAGGAAUGCAGAUAAAGAAAGCUGUGGAGGAUGUCAAUGUAAAACCUAUACUGAAGAGGAAGGAGGAGCAAGCUGAUUUAAAACCAAGGAAGCGUGUAAGGUUUGAUGCUAGUGUUAAGGAUCCAGAGUCAGAUAUGUUUGAACAUGAUGAAGAUUCUCCAAUGGUUCCUCAAUCCAUGGAUGUAGUCACGGAGAAGGAGAACACGUCCACUCCAUCCGAGUCUCCUGGGGUUCCUGACUACGUAAGGAACCCUUCAAAGUACACACGUUACACCCUGGAUGUACCAGAGUCCAACGAUGCCUCUAACAGGAGAGCUCUUGCAGAUCUGCAUGAUCUGUUAGGGAAAUCAGAUCCCAAUAAGAUACAUUCUGGGACACCUGUUGAGAUUCCUAGCUCGGUCACGUUCAUUCCCCGCAAGAAGUCAGUCGAUGCGAUGGCAGUGGAUGAGGGUCCCAGAACUAGCGAUUCCAAUUCAUCUGUAAUUGGUAUGGUGGCAGGAGCCUCUGAAGAAACUGAUCAAUGUGAGAUGGAUGAAGAUGACAGCAAAGCAUCGUCAACACCACAGAUGCAUACGAACUCAAAGGCGAGCUCCCGUCGUUACAGGUCAAUUAGAACUGAUGGUGAUGACGAGUGAAACUGACAAUAGCAGAGUCCCUAGUCCAAUGUUUAUUUUAAGAAUCUUUCAAGUUUCAGAUUUCCUUAUGUAAAUCGGGAUAUAUGUUUGUACCUUUGCUUUGGUCUUAUGAUAUGAGCAACCAGCUUUUAUUA